AUGUCAGUGGUUCUCGUUCUCGCGUUAGCUUUCUGUGGAGCUUCCAGCGCUCCAACUCCUCAACAGAGUGGUGGAGUGAGCGGAGGUGAAGGUGGCAGUGGCGCGCAGUCCAGCGGCAGUGCUCUACAAGCAAGCAAUCCCAUGACACUGACCAGCGGCGGAAGUGCAUGGCCUACCACCUCCUUACUUGGACCUGAGAACAACAUUGUUUCCGUGACCACGGAAUCGGCGAACCAGCCAACAUAUACGCUGGUGCCGAAUCAGGAAGCCCCGGCAGACAAUGGCAUGAUACUCGAUUUUACAAACGAGGAAUACCCACAGGCAAUCAGGGGUGAUAAUGGGGCGAGUGACUUUACUGGAUUCAAUGCACCAUAUGAUCGUCUCAAUCCUAAUGCCUUUGCCCGGCCUGGAACCGAUGCAGGGGAUUCGCCAAACUUCAAAUGGCCAAUGGGUCUAUCGAGCGCUCGUUCCGGCACUGGUGGCGGCAACCCAGGGUAUGCACGACAGCAAAACAUUGAUGAGCUUCCCAUAUCCCAGAGCAUGGCUGGAGUUGAUAUGAGACUAGCUCCGAAUGCGCACAGAGAAUUGCAUUGGCAUUCCGCGAAUGAGUGGUCCUAUGUCUUCAACGGCAGUGCGAGGAUUUCUGCUGUAGACCCAGCUGGCCGCACUUACGUGGACGAUAUUCAAGCAGGCGAUCUGUGGUUUUUCCCCGCCGGAACGCCGCACUCGAUCCAGGCAAGCCCAGAUGGAGUCGAAUUCCUCCUUGUUUUCAGCCAGGGCGACUUCUCCGAGGACGCCACAGACCUUGUAUCAGAGCUUUUCCUACGGAACCCCAAGGAAGUCCUAGCGAAGAAUUUCCAAACAGACAUCAGCGACUUUGACAACCUUCCCCAGGACGAGAAAUACAUCUUCAAUGCGGCACCUUAUCCAGAAAAUCUCACAGAGGUUCAGCAGAGUGUCCUUGGACCGACUGGCCAGGUGCCCUCCGAUCAAGCCUACACCUACCACCUAUCCCAACAAGAACCUUUACAAGUUCCAGGUGGUACGAUCCAAAUCGUCGACCCGACAGUCUUCCCGGUGGCAGAAAACUUCUCCGUGGGAUUUUUCACCAUUGAGCCAGGAGCAAUGCGCGAGAUCCAUUGGCAUUUGACCUCUGACGAAUGGAAUUUCUUCCUAUCCGGAAACGCACGAAUCACGAGUUUCACUGCCCCCGAGUCAUCGCGGACAUUCGACUUCGAGGCAGGAGACGUGGGAUAUAUCCCAGUCGAGAAUGCUCAUUAUAUCGAGAACACUGGAAACACGACAGUUAGGUACAUGGAGGUUCUGCAAGCUCCUCAGUACCAAGACAUGAGCGUUAGUCAAUGGCUGGGUCUGACGCCUGCGAAUGUGGUGUCGGACACAUUGCAUCUGCCGCAGAGCCUCAUCAGUCGUCUGCCCAAGGUCAAGAACUACAUCGUGCCUGGCAAUGCGAACUACUCGACCACGAACUUCACCGUCGAGCCGUCGGCGGUUGUAAAAAGGAAAGAGCCAAUGGGUUACAGCCGGAAUUCAAGACUAUUCUAA